CCAUCCUCUCCCUCCCCUUCCGCCUCUGUGGCCGUUCUGGGCUCCGCGCCCCCGGGCUUCCGCCCGCGGCUCCUCGGUGCAACCGUCCGCGUGCCGCGAGUUUCGGCCCGCGGCGCUUCGCCUUCGCGGGCUCGCCGGCAGCGCCCUGGUCUGUCGGAAUCCCCGUCUGCGAGGCCCCAGCUCCAGCGGAUGGUACCUGGGGGCGCCCCGCCAGCAGUGCGCAGCGACGGGUCCGCUGCCCCGCAGUGGCCGCCCCGGGGGCGGGCGCCGCCGCCAGUGGGCCGCCCUGCCGGCGGGCGCGCUGCUGCCCGCCGCGUUGGCGGCAUGGGCCGCGGCGCCCGCGGGGGCGGCGGCCCAGGAGUCGGCCAUGCGCGGGGCGCCCGCGCGCAGGGCGCGCGGCGACGACCGCGGCGGAGAGCUCGCGGGGCCGGAGCGCGCGGUUGGCCGCGGCGCCCGGGACGGCAGCGCGCAGAGCGUGCCGUUGCCGCGGGCCGCGCCGGGGGAGAGGCUGGCCGGGGUGCUCCCGUCGGACGGGCCAGCGGCGACGAGUGCGGGGGCGGCAGGGGUGCUGGCCAGGUCAGGGGUCGGCGGCGAGUUAUACAGUCUUGGACGGUGGCACGACCUGCCAUGAGAUGGGCCUCGUCGAUGUGUCGAGCUCGUCGGAGUGCUUCGGCGACGCGAUGGACUCCGCCGGGCUGGACGGCCUCGGCACCUUCGAGUUCCCGUCUGCAGCGUUCAGUUGCGUCUUCAUCACAGAUUUGAAUAUGGUUUUCUUCGGCGGGAAGAGCGGUUCCGAGACGCAGUCGGAUACAACUUGGAAGUACAUUUGUUCAGGCACGCUUUCCACCACAGUCUCCUCCACGACUUCGGCAACGGUCGCGAGCACGACAGUCUCUGGCACGACAUCGUCUGCCACGGCAGUCUCUGCCACGAGCACGACGUCAACGUCCAUGAGUUCGGGGCCUGGCUAUACGCUCUUGCCAGCGGGCUUGACGUGCUACGAUGUCGGGCUGGCCGACGUCGGGGGCUCCGCGGACUGCUUCGGCACUGCGGCGUCUGCGGUUGGUGUGGUCACCUCGAUUCAGACCUACAUCCACCUGCACGGCGUUCGGCAUCAGCUGCGUCCUCGAGACCAGCGCGGACACGCUGUUUUUUUCUCAAGCAACCGGCGAACAAACCAAGGGUUCCAGCGACUACCAGUUCAUCUGCGUCGGGACGGACUACACGACCACCGCCACAUCGACGGUGACGGGGACGACCACGACCACGACAGCCACUACCGCGAGCAGCACCUCCAGCUCAUCGGCGUUACUGACAGCCACGACCACCUCAUACGUGGACUACACGUUACUUCCGGCUGGCCAGACUUGUUACGAGGCCGGCAUGCAGGACGUGACGAGCGUUUCAGUGUGUUUUGGGGCAGCCAUGGCGUUCGUCAAUCUUACAUCCGCUGGGACAACAGAUUUUACAGGCACUGGCUUCCCGUUCACCUGCGUGUAUAAGACAUCGAUCGCGAAGGUAUUUUUCGCAGACUCUAGCUCUGAAAACGCCGAGCCCAACGCAGACUACCGGUACAUCUGCAUCGGUGUCCUCACGACGACCGGCACCAGCACCACAAGCAUCUCGACGAGCGCCACAUCCAGCACGUCGGAGACCGACACUGCUAGCAGCACCACCACGCCGACUAGCGGGACUUCGUCGAGCGAGACUGUUUCUGGAACGUUCACAAGUACAUCCGUUACCCUCAGCUCCACGAUGAGCAUAACGACCACGACUGCCACAUCCACUGCAGCUGCCCAACAGGAAUACACGUUACUUCCGGCUGGCCAGACUUGCUACGAGGCUGGCAUGCAGGACGUGACGAGAGCGACAGAGUGUUUUGGGGCAGCCAUGGCGUCCGUCAAUCUUACAUCCGCUGGGACAUCAGAUUUUACAGGCGCUGGCUUCCCGUUCACCUGCGUGUAUAAGACCUCCACCACACAGGUAUUUUUCGCAGACUCUAGCUCUGACACCGCCGAGCCUGACACAUGGCGGACCGGUACAUCUGCAUCGGUGUCCUCACGACGACCGGCACCAGCACCACAAGCAUCUCGACGAGCCGCCACAACCGGCACGUCGGAGACCGACGCGUCGGAGACCGACACGGCUAGCAGCACCAGCAUCUCGACCAGCGCCACCUCGAUCACAUCGCUGGCGACAUCCGAGACCAUGUCGAGCGAGGUGGCUUCGAGUACGUUCAUAAGCAUCUCGACGACGAGUGCCACAGACGCCGGCUUUAUUCCAGGGACCAGCAGUACCGCUCAUAGCAGCACAAGCGCAACCAUCAGCACCACCGUGACAGUGACCAUUGGCACCUCAAGAACCACCAUUGCCUCAUCCACGAUUUUCUCAGAGGUUACAGUGACCAAAGGAUUGAUGACGCUCGUCGUAUCCGAUCCCGCAGCCUUCGUGAGUGACACAAAGACUGGAGUAGCAGUUGCAGAGGGCAUCGCCAAUACGGUAGGAGUAAAGAAAGACCAGGUGUCUGUGACAAUGAGCGUUGUUAGGAGGCUUGCAUUGCCGGCAGUGCCGCAGCGGGUUCUCACCACCGCGGUUGGCUCCGUGGAGGUAAGUUACGAGAUCACAACUCCUAGGGGAGAUGAUGCCACUGGCACGUCCAGCUCGGACAUAGUUGCAGUGCUGACUGCCGACAGCAUCACUUCUGUGAUGCAGGAGGCGGUGUCGGCCAGCUUGCAGAGCCAAGGAUUGAGCUACGAUCUGACGGUGGAGAGCCUCGCUGUGCUGACGGAUACCACUUCCGAGGCGAGCGCACUCACCGAGGUGUCUGCGCUAUCCAGUCAGGGUGACGCCGAAGCAUCAACCAAUCUAGCCAUUGUCGUCAUCAUCAGUGUGGUCUGCUGUGUUGGGGUAGCCUGUGGUGGGGCUUCGCUCCUGCGCUGGCGAAAUCGCCUCGCCAGCCGCUGCGAAGCCGACGCCAUCCCGGCCGCUGCAGAUCCGACCAGCCACGCGAAUGACCCACUAGACGUGGCCGAUGACCAGCUCCAGACCGAUCACCCAUCAGACGCGGCACCAAUUCCGGCCGACAUGGUCCAGGAUGACUCGAAUGACAACAAUGUGGAUCCGACCGACGGCCAUCAUCCGUCCGACCACGCGACAGACGAGGCUCCAAUCUCGAUUGACCUGGCCGUCGAUGUCCAUCAUUGAUUCGAGACUUGGAAUCAGCCCACUCCAAGUCUGGACUCCCAUGUCCGAAUGACCUCGACAUGUAGAGCCAUGCCAGUGCACGGUGGCGGACAUUUACUCAAUAGGCAUUGGUGUUGUUGCAGGGCAUAGACGAGGCCUGACAUCAGGCCCUGAUGAAUUUGAUGCCGAGUACGGUAGCUCGCGGACAGAAAAUGCGAGCGUGCCAAAAGGGGUGCAUGUCCGAGCUGAGUU